CCGAGUCAGUGCGCGCGCGAUGCGACCGGCGGUGCACGUGUGCAACGCUGCGCAAUAAUCAACGGUCACUAAUAUAGUGCUGACGAUGUCGGAUUGGUCGGUAUUUGAUCGCGAGUACGCUGAUCGAUAUGACUCGUACCCGUAUCCGUACUAUGAGGAUAAAUUACAACAGGUGCCGGCGGAAUGCGCGCCGUCUCAAACGCAGGACCCUUAUGCGCCGCCGCCGACUCUAACCCUGCUUCUGUCACCGCAGAUCGCAAAACAACCAUGUCAAUACGAGCAGCUGGUGCCCAAAGGGGACAGUCCACGCGAGAUGCGGAAUAAAGCGGAGAAACAAAGGAGGGAUAAAAUGAACGAGUCGAUAGCCCACCUAGCGACCAUCGUGCCGCCCGUGGCGAUACCAGCUAGGAAGAUAGACAAGAUCAGCAAGCUGCGACUCACAGCGCAUUAUUUGCGAUCACAUCAAUACGUUUUCGGGGACACUAUCGACACUAAGACGAAAUGCAACAGGUUCAGCGUAGAGUUCACGAAGACACUUUUGAGGACGCUAAAGGGUUUCCUCAUUGCCUUAACGUAUAAGGGACUAGUUGUGGUGGUAUCUCCCAAUAUACAAGAAUACCUGGGCUACUCGGAGUUGGAGCUACUCGGCCAGAGUAUCUACAGCUACGUCCACGAACACGACCAUGCGCUUCUAAGAGAACAACUAAUGCCCCAGAAUACCAUGUUGGGUUCCAACGGAGAACUGUUAAUACCAGAAGACCCCGAAGGCAAGAAGAGAAUAGCAGAAGAACUCAGAAACGAGAGGCGAAGUUUCAUUAUUCGGUUUAAGAAACUAAACCAACAGCGAUCGGGGCCGGUGCACUAUGUCACAUGUCACGUGGAAGGGACCCUCCGUAUGGCGGAUAAAGCUUGCCCGAAGUACAAUCGCGUCUGCCAAAUCGUUAGACGCGCCAGGUUCAGAGGCGAGAACCCGACGUCGAGCGGAAAUGAUGUUGUAUUCAUCGGAAUGGCUCGACCGACGACUGAAACAUUCAUGACGGAAGGCGUGCUCGAGUCGUUCAAGCUCGAAUACCGUACCAGGCAUUCUAUUGACGGCGAAAUUAUACAAUGCGAACAACGCAUUGCCCUUGUGACUGGCUACAUGACACACGAAGUCAGUGGUAUGAACGCAAUGAACUUUAUGCAUCGCGAUGACGUCCGAUGGGUCAUAUUCGCAUUACGUGAGAUGUACGUCCAAAACCGUAUCUUUGGUGAAUCCUGCUACCGCUUGAUGACGAAGAACGGUCGCUUCAUCUACAUGAGGACUCGGGGCAGAUUGGAUGUCGAUAAAAAUACCAACGCAGUCACCAGUUUUGUUUGUACGAACACGGUUGUCAACGAAGACGAGGGAAAGCAGCUUAUACGCUUGAUGAAGAAGAGGUUCAAAAUACUCGUUAAUAAUGGUGACGAUAAAGAUACCGAUGAGGAUGAAGCUUCCCAGGAAGUAAAUGAAAAAAAUAUAUCGGUUGAAGAUCCAGAGCAGUUACAAGAAGUUAUUCUUCAUUUGGUUACGAACCUACCAUCCCAAGAUGAUCUAGAUAGCGACGUAACCUCCCCCUCUAGUAGUGAUAAUACUACUCCUCGACUGUCUAUUAUUCCUCCCAAAAAAGAUAGGAUUGUUAAGGCUAUAUUGAAGAGUACUUUCGUUAUAGGCAACCAACCGUCCUAUGGAAAAAGCUAUAGGAGAGACAAACUCAGACCUUUCCGCUCAGUGUCUCAGACUCCUCCAGAGGAUCCGGCGGAGCCCCAGCCGGGGCCCAGUGGGAUUUGCGGGGUUAGGCGCUCCCACGAGGAUACCGAAGAGGAGCCCCCGUCGAAAAUAUUAAAGAAUGAAGACAUUUAUUCCGAAGACAGUCUCCUCGAAGCCCUGCGUCUUGAUGCCGAUGAGCAAAUUAAGAUUUCUGAAAUAGAUGCCAAUGGCAUAGACUACAAAAACGUCUUAGAAGAGGCAAAGAGGGACAAAAGUUCAUAUUUCGAAGAUUUCCUCUAAACAGUUUACGAUUCUUCAUUCUUAAAUCAUGCGCAUCUGAUUUUCCUGUGGAGCGCGGAUAUUUUGAAUGAAAGUACAUUUGAUCCUGUUUAAAUAUGAACUUUAAAUUUCAAUUGAUAUAAUUAAAGUGGAGUUGUGAGUUGUUG